CCGCAGGUUCAUCCACGACUGGGUGUACAGCGGGGUGUUCAGGGACCUCUACGGCGAGUUCAUGAUCCAGGUGAACCACGAGUACCUGGGCUUCAGAGACAAGUCCUACUGGACGCGGGGCUACGUGCUGCUGGCCGAGGCGGUGGCGGACGGCGUGCCGGCGUUCCUCAGGCACGUGGCCCAGGACGCGUACACGUGCGGCAAGACCAUCAACCUGCUGCGGCUGUGCUGCCCGCGGCACUACCUGUGCUGGUCGGACGUGCCGGCGCCCCCCAUCUCCGUGACCUUCUCGCUGGAGGGGCUGAGGAAGGUGCAGCAGGAGUGUGCGGUCUACGUGGGGCGCGUGCGCAGGGCGGCGCGGGACAGCCGCGGCGGCGGGAAGCUGCAGGCAGCCGGGCCUCUGGUGUCCCGGGUCACCCGCGCCUGCGUCCUCAUGCGCAUCUCCACAUCGCGACCUGACACUCUCUGGCCCGCCCCGCCCCGCUCACGCCCCGCCCGGCCCGCAGCGCUGGUCAGCCGGGCGGCCGGCUCGGUGCAGUUCCGCCAGCUGCAGCUCUUCAAGCACGAGAUGCAGCACUUCGUCAAGGUGGUCCAGGGCUACAUCGCCAACCAGAUCCUGCACGUCAGCUGGUGCGAGUUCCGGGCGCGGCUGGCGCGCGCCGGCGACCUGGAGGAGCUGCAGCGCGCGCACGCCGAGUACCUGCACCGGGCCGUGUUCAGGGGCCUGCUGACGGAGAAGGCGGCGCCGGUCAUGAACAUCAUCCACAGCGUCUUCAGCCUGGUCCUCAAGUUCCGCAGCCAGCUCAUCUCCCAGCCCUGGGGCCCCGCCCACGGCCCCCGCGGCGCCGAGCACCCCAACUUCGCCCUCAUGCAGCAGUCCUACAGCACCUUCAAGUACUACUCCCACUUCCUCUUCAAAGGUGAGGGGCGGGGCGGGGGGGCGGGGGGCGGGGGGCCACCCCGGCUGCUGGGGCCGUGA